CGGGGGGGUGGGCCCUCUGCGGCCGCCCUUCUGCGUCAGGCGGCGGCCCGGGGCUGCCCAGCGCAGCCCAGCCCAGCGCAGCGCUAGUCGUGCGGGGAGGUUCAGGAAAUGGUUUCUCUUUGCAUCGUUAGGGGAUGCUCUUAUCUUCGAUGCAAGACAUGGAAGUAAUGAAACCUUUAAUUGAUGAACAAAAUUCAGAUGGCAUCUCAGAUGAGGAGCAUGAAAAUAAUUUCCUGCCAGUUGAGAAGCAUUACCAGCUUGAUAAUGAAGAAGGCAUUACGUUUAUACAAACUCUUACGCACCUCCUCAAGGGAAACAUUGGAACUGGGCUUCUUGGUCUUCCACUUGCAAUAAAAAAUGCUGGCAUUGUGAUUGGACCAAUCAGCCUUGUGUUCAUAGGAGUUAUAUCUGUUCAUUGUAUGCACAUCUUGGUACGUUGCAGCCACUGUCUAUGUCAGAGGAUGAAAAAAUCCUCUCUGGGGUACAGUGAUACAGUUAGUUACGCCAUGGAAGUGGGGCCCCUGGCUGCUCUUCAGAAACGAGCUCCUUGGGGACGGUACAUUGUUGACUUCUUCCUAGUGAUAACACAGCUGGGAUUUUGUAGUGUUUAUGUUGUGUUCUUGGCAGAAAAUGUGAAACAAGUCCAUGAAGGAUUCCUGGAAAACAAGACUGCUCCCAUGAAUGUCAGUGCCACCAGCAGUUCUUCUGAGAAAAGGAGUACUGAUUUACGAAUAUACAUGCUGUGUUUCCUGCCAUUCAUGAUCCUCCUGGUCUUUAUUCGUGACCUUAAGAGCCUGUCCUUGCUUUCAUUGCUUGCCAAUCUGUCUAUGGCUGUCAGCCUGGUGAUCAUUUACCAGUAUAUUGUUAGAGAUAUAGUAGAUCCUCGAAAACUGCCUCCUGUGGUUGGCUGGAAGAAAUAUCCACUGUUUUUUGGGACUGCAAUAUUUGCUUUUGAAGGAAUUGGUGUGGUACUUCCAUUGGAAAACAGAAUGAAGGACACCACACGUUUCCCACAGGCGCUGAAUAUUGGCAUGGGAAUAGUCAUGACCUUGUAUAUCUCAUUAGCUACUCUAGGAUAUCUGCGCUUUGGGGAUGAAAUCAAAGGCAGCAUAACUUUAAACCUGCCACAAGAUAUAUGGUUGUAUCAGUCUGUAAAAAUUCUGUACUCCUUUGGGAUUUUUGUGACCUAUUCGAUUCAGUACUACGUCCCUGCGGAGAUCCUCAUUCCAGCUGUCACCUCCAAAGUGGAGCAGAAGUGGAAGUUACUCUGUGAGCUUGUGACGAGAGCACUCUUAGUCUGUUCAACUUGUGCUGUAGCAGUUUUGAUCCCUCGCCUAGACCUGGUGAUUUCUUUCGUUGGAGCUGUCAGCAGCAGCACUCUGGCACUGAUUCUGCCACCUCUGGUUGAAAUCCUCACUUUCUACAAGGAAAACUUAAGUUUAUGGACAAUAUUUAAAGAUGUUUUUAUAGCUGUCGUUGGAGUUGUUGGUUUUUUAACAGGGACAUAUGUGACGGUUGAAGAAAUCAUUUAUCCUGCAUCGACAGUUCUAGCUAACGCAACAGAGAGCAUCUCCACAGAUUUAAAUGCUACUAACUUGGUGGUUGGUUUAAAGUAAUAAGCAGGCACUGUGAAUUAUUUUGUUCGUUAACAAGAAACCUCUGACAAGAAAUCCUAGAGGGAUGGCAGACCUAUGUGUGGGACAAAUUCCAUUUCCAAAUGAAUUUUUGAAAAACAGCAUGCAGCCCUUCCUCACUCUGUUCUUUGUUCCUUCUUUCAUUCCUUCCCAUCUGCUCCCUAAAUUAGCCUGUUUGCUCUCAACCUCUGCUCACUUAGUGAAAAACUGAAUUGAUGUCAGGAUUUAAAAUGUAUACAUGAAUAUAGGAAGGAAAUAAGUCUAGGCACUACUUUUUUCACUCCAGCUCUGUUUUAAGGGUUGGAGUGGGAGCUCAGUGAUGCACAGACCUUCUCUUGGCUGUCCCUGAUGGGGUCAAUUGCACCCCAGUGAACCAGAGACACUGUAGUUUUAGAAAAGAGCAGCUGUGGUUUUCAUUUCCAUUCUGGGGACUUAGAUGUUUGCUGCAGAAAAGUUGCCUGCCUCUGGUUCCUGGGAGUGGGUAUGUCUGGAGUUGGAGUGCUCUGUGCGGAAUGACCAUGACUCUUGUUCAGCCUGUUCACACUGGCUCCAAGGGGAGUUUUUCAAGCGAUUGGAAGGACCAAGGCCUCCCUGGUCAGUACAGCACACCACUGCUGGUGAUUGGUUACAUGACAGAAAGCAUAAAGGCUUUUUUUCCUUUUCAUGACAACUAUCUUAACAUUUAAGCUGAAGAAUGGACAAGACUGUAUAAGGUUUAGAGAUAAAGGCUGGAUCUUUUAAUAGACCAAAAGAUAGCUAGUUAGGAGCGUUCUUGCCAUCUCACAUGAUCUGUUAUUAUAUGUUCCUGUACCAUGAGCUGUUCAGCAUGGCCAGAGCCCUGCUCCAGGGAAAUGGCAACUGUGAUGCUCAGUAGAGCCAUGGAAGCGUGACUGUCCAGAGCAGCUUAAAGAUUCAUGGUGUUAAUUUCUCUAUGAGAAAGGAAAGGACGAGACACUACUUACUAGAAUGGAGAUGUGCCAUACUUUCGCAUGUAUAAGCUGUGGAUUAUUUGUGAAAGAACUUGUGGUUCCACAGCACUGUGAGCUGGGGCGGCACCAGGGAAGUCUGCUCUGAAGCCCUUAGUGCCUACAGUGCACCACCUGCCUGCAGGUUGUCUGAAGAUUUGGGUUGUCUCAGCAUCAGCUUGCAACUACUGUGCUUUGUAGUGAGGUACAGCUUAUAGGAGGCACAGGGUAUACAUGGGAAGACAUGACACUUUUUAGAGUGGAUUUUGAAGGAAAAGUUGCAGGAUGUAGUUUAUCACAGCAAUAUUACUUUCUUUAAUGAUGCAAAAAUCAUUCAACACCACAAAUGAUGAGUAGUUUAUUUUUGUACAUUUUGGUAACUGCUGUCCUGACCCAUUUUUUACACUGUUUCUUUAUCCUUGAUUUCACCUCUACACUUGUAUGAAAUGCUGUAUUUUUUUACCUGUUGCUGGAAGUCUGUAGACUGCCUAUCUAUAUUUCUACUGGAACAUAUAAUAAUUAUUUUUGCAUUUUUAUGUUCUGCCUUAAAUAGAAUCUAACAUGCCCUUUACUGAUUUUUGCUUCUUUUGUCCAUUUUGGAAGAAAAAAGAACAAGUUUAUAAGUUGGUAAUUGGGUAGAAAUGAGUUUUGUUCAAGCAAGCCCGGGGAUGCUGAGUCCCCAGCCAGAAUCCUGAUUUUCAGGGUUUGUAUUUGACUUUCUGGCUCACACUUCAUAGAUGACUCUCAGUCCAAAUGCUAAAGCUGUAUUUUUGGUCGUUUCCUAAAAACACUCUAUAUUUUGUACAGUAAUACAACCAUAUUUAUCAUACUCAUUCCUGUUAUGAAGAAACUCCCUUUUCUAAGGGAUAUUUUUAAUUAUCACAUUCCUCCAAGAAAUAUGGUAUGCCAAAACCUCUAUACUGCAUUAAUACAAAUUAAGAUCGAAAUACAUGUAAUAUUUUGCUUGCCUUCAGUAUAUUCCUCAGAAAUCUACAAUUUGGAAAUCUACCAUUUGAUAAUGUACCAUUGGGCAUUACAGUCCUAAAAUAAUACAGUGCUAGAUACAUCUAUAUUUGUACUUUCUCUCCAGAAUAUUUCCCCAGUCAUCUACCAUUUGGUUACUGUGUUUGAGCGCUUUCACCUCCAUGUCAGUGAGGGCAAUUCUGACGGGUAUUCGUUAUAGCAUGUAGUUCAAACCGCAUGUUGUUUGUUCAAGCAAUAGUUCUGAGCAAUGCUCUUAUAUUCUUUUUAGGGUGGACAAAGUUAAAUACUUGGCAGGCACUUUGAAGGGAUGAGUCUCUGCAGGUAUGAUACAGGGAAUUAACCUUUUGUGUGAAAGUGCCACAAAGGAGCAAACACAGGUAGUUAGCAGAGUGGAAAAAGGUAACUUCAGCUUUUCGCCUUAAAGGUGUUUUAGUCUUUAAGCUGUUUUAAAAGACGUUGGGUCUAAGUGUUUCUGUCUGUUUCAUAAUGAAUCUGUUGAUUACCUAAACCAUACGCUACACACUGAUAGGGUAUAUUCCUGUGCAGCUUAUUUUACUUGACAUUAAAUACUUCUACACGGAACAUUUUUAGUAGGACUGAUAGGAUUUAAAUGUGAGUUAUUUUUCCUGUUAGUUUUGCAUCUUUCUACCCAUGUGUGUUUGGAGAAUAAAGGACUGUCAAAUCCA